AUGGCGGCGAUAGCAGCGGCAGCCGCCGCUCUCUCAACGCUGAAUCUUUCUAGAACAUCCGUAAUCCUCCCCCGCUGCCACCUCCGGAGAGCGAUUACCUCAUCUCUCUCCUCCGCCACCACCGAAUUAGGCGCCAAAUUCGCCGCGCCCAAACCUAAAUCAAAAUCGCAUAAACCCUCGCCGCGCGAGGACUCUGAGCCCUACAUCCCGUGGACUGUCAACGACGACGAGAGCGGCGCCGUCACGCUCAAGACGACGCCGUCGGAGCGUUUCCUCAGAGCCGUCGCCAAUGAAAGCACGCAGAGAAAGAAGAAGAAAGAGGAUAGAGGUAGUGGCGGUAAGGACAAGCCUAGGGUUCCCACAGCUGAGCCGAAGUACUCUAAGGCGGCGCGGAGAUUUUACAAUGAGCGAUUCCGUGAGCCUCCGCAGCGGCUCGCGAAAGUGCUGGCGGCUGCCGGAGGUAAAUGCCUAAAUUCUGGAUGUAAUUUGAUGAAAUUAGUUGGGGAUUGA